ACGAGUCGAUUCCGGAGGACGCAUCAAAGGGUACAGUUUUUCCCCGCAUGGAUUCCUCCGGGAGUCUAUCACAGUCCGUGAGCCAAUAUCCGUCCUUUGUUAGUAUGGAUCGGAAAGAUAGUCAACGAAAGAAAUUGGCGAUCCCUGAAUUCGAAAGCACACGCAAUAGAGGGCAUUCGAAUGCGGCUAUUCACAGCGUGGAUUCCGCUACUUCGCUAUCGAGCAUUUCCAUUAGAGAGGCAGACGAAAGUACCUUUGCUGACCAGACACAAACAUCCAGAUUUACGGGCGACAAAGUGAGCCCGACAUGGGCUCUUUCCGAUAUUCUACAAGUUUUGAGCGAUAAGAACACAUCAAGCGAAGAAAUUGUGGACAAAACGAACGAUAUGGUGGAUUUACUGGAGGAAAACGACUCGCUAAGGAACGAUCUAGUGUUCUCUUCCGUGAUCCACGUCGUUCAAAGACUGAUGCUUCAGCGCAACGAGAUGGUUGUCGCUUGCGGAUACAGGAUUUUGUGGUAUGUGGUGACGGAUCUACGGGGACUACAGCUAUUUUUCAAAUACGACUUGCACGUCUUUGUUAUUGCCAGUCUGAGCAAAGAUUCCAAGCACACAACAGAACGCAGCGAAUGUAUACGUCUCAUUCGACGUUUGGUUAGCAUUGAAGGUGGCACUAACGAGUUUCCGAUUGCAGUGGUCCGCUCAUUGAUUAAUAUGGUCGAGGACGUUACUGAUCCAUUGAGAACCAUUGCAUUUGAGACAGUCGUGGAGAUUGCUCUUCUGGAUCCAGAAAGAGCGUACAAAGCCAAUGCAUUGGGCGUGCUUUUGCAGUAUAUUGUCGACGGCCCUGCUGUUUCAAGAGGUG